AUGGCUCAUUCGAUUCAUUCGCUAUCUAAAACUGUUCAUCAAGCACAAAAUCACGACAGUCUCGAGGUCCGAAACCCAAGAACGUCCAGUCCUGACGAGUCUACAGGGGCCGGAGCGAACUCUUUAUCAGUCGUAGAGCUGCGAAAUGUGAAGACGGUCAUUAUUCAUUAUGUGCAACGUGAAUCCUUUCCCGAAGAAGUAGCAUGUCUCAAACGUAGAUUGAGCAAUGAUCUUCCCUCCAAGGCUAUUGUGAAAAAAUCGAGCAAGUUAGCUGCCUUAUCACCUUUCAUGGGAGACGACGGUUUACUGAGAGUUGGCGGUAGAUUGGAAAGAGCUGAAAUAUCCUUUGAUGCCAAACAUCCAACAGUAAUCCCAAGUAAACACCACAUCAUUGGUCCUUUGAUUCUACAUUACCACGAACGAGAAGGACAUGCUGGAACCCGAGCCGUUCUCGCUGCUAUUCAACAAGACCUGUGGAUUCUUCAAGGACGCUCCUGA